UUAGCAUGUUUGGAUGAGCCGUCGUCCUAUUGGAGCAGAGUUAAUCUUGAGUCGUUGACUUUUCUGUUUCUUAUUUUACUCUCGGAUGUUUAUAAAAUGUCAGGGUUUCGGGAUAUUUCAGUUUUUUCCAAAGAGGUCCAGAGGCUCUCGGUGUGUAAAGAAGAGGUUUCCCCUGAGCAGCAGGAGUGGAGCUCCAGUCUGAACCAGGAGAUUACCAUCAAAGAGGAGCCUGAGGACCUGUGGAGCAGUCAGGAGGGAGAGCAGCUUCAAGGGACAGAAAAGGAUGAUAUCAUUAAGUUCACUUAUUUCCCUGUUCAUCUGAAGAGUGAAGAUAAUGAUGUGAAACCUCAGUCCUCACAGCUUCAUCAAAGAUGGACUGAAGAGGUGGAUAAAGGAGCUGAUGGAGAGGACUGUGGAGGAGAAGAGGAAGCUGAAUAUUCUGAUUCAGAGAGAGAUUUACCACCAGAGAUUGAGGUGAAGAUUGAAUAUUCUUCUGGAGCUGAGACUGAUGACAGUGGUGAUUGGAGGAAGACAACAGAACGUCAGUCAGGUCCAAACUCAAUGGAAAACAUCAAAUAUAAUGGAGCAAAGACUAACGAGAAAUCCCAUUGCUGCACUGAGUGUGGUAAAAUAUUUAACUGUAAAGGUCAGCUUAAACGCCAUAUGUUAGUUCACACAGGAGAGAAACCCUACAGCUGCUCUGAGUGUGGCAAAAGAUUUGCCCAUAAAGGAAGCAUGACAGCACACAUGAAAAUCCACUCAGAAGAGAAAUCCUUUGGCUGCUCUGAGUGUGGUAAAAAAUAUCACCUUAAAGAUUCUUUGUUGAAACAUAUGAAAAGUCAUACAGAGGAAAAGCCCUUCAAGUGCUCCGAGUGUGGUAUAGGAUUUUACAGAAAAUCUCUCCUUACAGAUCAUAUGAAAAUUCACACAGGAGAGACGCCUUUCAGCUGCUCUGAGUGUGGUAAACGAUUUGCCCGUAAAGGAAAUAUGACCACACACAUGAGAAUCCACUCGGAAGAGAAAUCAUUUGGCUGUUCUGUGUGUGGUAAAAAAUAUCACCUUAAAGAUUCUUUAACAAAACAUAUGAAAAGUCACACAGGAGAUAAACCUCUCAGAAGUCUAACAGAUCGUAUUAGAAUUCACACAGGAGAGAAACCCUAUGGCUGCUCUGAGUGUGGUAAAACAUUUAACACACCAAAAGAUUUAAGAGUUCAUAUGAGAAUUCAUACAGGAGAGAAACCCUUCGGCUGCCCGGAGUGUGGCAAAAGAUUUAAUCAAAAUGGAAAUCUUAAUAAGCAUAUGCUAGUUCAUGAUACACAGAGAACUUUCUGCUGCACUGUAUGUGGAAAAACAUAUAGACGAAAUGACUGUUUAGCACUACACAUGAGGUUUCAUUUGGGAGAGAAACCUUUUACCUGCGCUCAGUGUGGUAAAAUAUUUUUAUUUAAAGGUCGUCUGAAAGACCAUAUGAGAUUUCAUACCGGAGAGAAACCCUUCAGCUGCUCUGUGUGUGGAAAAAGAUUUACCACCCGAGGAAAUAUGAAAAAACACAUGAGAACCCACUCAGGAGAGGACACUUUGUCUGCUUUGUAUGAGGUAAAUAUUCUCCCACCAAGUCUAGAUGACGCGGCACAACAGGAGUCACAUUUAGGAGAAACCCGUCAUCACACAUCGCACAUGGGAACCCAAAGUGAAGACAAACAGGAGGAAAUGCAUUUAAUUGAUGAUUCUCUUGGCCAAGUUCUUUGAAAGUAACAGUAAUUCUUUAGAGGCGUAUGUCAGAGAACAGGUUUAAUUCAAGUCCAGAUUUUGGUGACCCUGAACCAUGUUUUCCAGUUUAGAAAGUCUGGUAAAUUAAGCUCAUUCAGUUACUACCUGUACCAAAUAUAAUGGACUGUAACUAACUAGUUCCUCAUUACUUGUUGUUCUUAUAUGGGUAUGCCAAGUUAAAAUACUCUUGCUCAUGAAAGAGUUAUUUCAUGUUUGUAAUUAAUUUAUUUUAAAAAGGUUAAAUACAGCAUUACUGUGAUGUUUAGAUAUUUUCUGAAAAGGAAAAAAUAUUUCUGCCUUCUCUGUAAGAAAAAACAAAAAACGCCACCCUUUUAGGAGAUGUAAACAGAGAAAGAGACGUGUUAUUCUCAGAGAUUAAAUGAAAGAUAGCUAAAAACAACAAUUUAUUUUUUUCUGAACUGUGGGCAAAUUUUUGUUAACAAAAGUGAAUCAAAACAUGUCCUGAAGGAUUUAUAUUAAGGGUGAAACACAGAACAAAAACAAAUAAACCCCAUGUUUCUCUCAAUCUCCCUCCUCUUACAGAGUCAGAAACAGUUUUAUAUCCACGUUCUUCAAUCUAUUCAAUCGAUCAUGUGUUAUUGACUUUUAUUUAUGAAGAACAGUUGUUUCAUAUACGCAGACACAAGACUUACUAUGUUCAACAUAUUUUAUUCAACCCUUCAAUGGAAUAUGACGAUGAGUAUUAAGACAAACAUUCCUUAUUUCAUCAUUGUAAUCAUAACUUUAAAAGACUGUAGCUGUGAAUUUACAAGAUUAAAAAAAAAAAUCAAAAGUUUUAGAAGGCCAAUUUACAAAUUCUGACCGUAAAGACAGCUGACUUGAAAAAUCCACUGAUUUAAAAAACAUUUUUAUUUAAACAGUUAUAACUGUGGUAGCACACAUUCUUACUGUGUGAAAAUUAUUUGAAAUAAAGCUAUGAACAAAGCCUAUGAUUAUAUGAAAAUAUACAGUGCAUCACCCUUCAAAUUAACAUACCCAACCUACACUAAAACAACAUGAUAUUGUCGUAAUUUAGGAUACAGAUUUGAUCUUUAGUUCUUUUCUUUUUAUGUAGCCCUAAUAGUCAGUAGAAUUCUCUUUGCUGCUGCAGCAGCUGUGUUUCCUUUCUUUUCUUAAAAACAAGUUCAUGCUUACUGUAUGUAUUCAUGAGGAGUUUGAGAAGGGUGAAGUGCAAUGACUUGUUUUGUUGUCACCUGUUGCCAUCCUGAUCCAUAGUCUUGGAGCCCCAACACUGUUGUCCUUUUGUCACUGAGUUGCACAUGCUGACUCCAAGGGAAUCUACUUAGAGUUGUUUUAAAAACUUCAAAUCAGCUGCUCUGAAGCCAAAUAUUCUUGUGUGUUGUUCAUGUUUAUUCCUCCUUCACUCUGAAAUGAGACUCGCAUGGUAGAUGUUGAGUGGCAAACUACAGGAUUAAUGGACAGUCUUAACUAAGGUUUACUUCCACUAAAAAUGCCCUGAAUGUUAGAGGCUGGAAAUAUGGGAAAAGGUAUGAUAGGGUUGGCGACAUUUCUGACAACAUUCACCAUGCAUAAUGAAUACGAUCUAUUAUAAUAUUUCAUUUAAAACUCUUAUUUUUUCCUACAUUGUUCACAGAUGAUGUAUUUUAUCUCAGUACAUGAGCAGCACACUGUUUUUUUUUUCCUGGGGUCUGUUAGAAACAGAAUGGUUGAAGAAAGGCAUCUAAUUUUAUUUUAUUUUAUUUUUUUAUUUUUUUUAGUUUGUAAGAAGUAUGUAAAAUCUGAAUUGUACUUGUAGAUUUAUCGAAAAAUUAAAAAGGUUCAAAUGUG